AUGAAAAAUAAAUUUGGUUUAGCAUUAUUUGUAAAGGCUAAUUAAUUAAACUGUCUUUUAUUUUUCUUAAAUAAAGAAGAGCUGUACAGUUACUGGUAAAUAGCUUUUCAUAUUGCAAUCUGUUUUCUUUCGAUAAAGCGAGCAAAAAAUAUCUUAAAUCUAAAAGGAGCUGAAUAUUAUUUAGUAUUUGCUUUAGAAAUACUUUAAAUAGAAGAUUUUUAUUUUCUGAUAAGAUAUAAUAAAUACAAAGUCUAUUUUAAUUAAAAUGAUAGUGAAGAAUGGUUUUAUAGAUAAAUCUGCUUAUUGGAUUCUCAGCAUCUUUAUUUUUUAUUGAUGCUAACAUAAUAAUUCAAUAUAAAUGAAAAAAUGGAUUGCUUUUAAGCAUUUAUUUCUAUAUUAUCUUUUGUUUACCUAGAUUGCUUUUUAUAACUUAAAGCAGUCUUUACAAAAAUAAAAGCACAAGAAUGUAUUGAAUUAAUCUCUCCAAGGUAUGUUAUAUAUCCUACAAUCUAAGCCUUCAUUUUUUACGCUUUUUACUUAAAUACCUUGUAAUAUAGUAAAAUAAUAUCAUUUUUCAUAUUUUUAUUCCUAUUGAUAAUAACAUUGAUACAAAUAGUAUAAGUGUAGAAUAAAUAUUAACUUAGAUUUAAUAAUUUAUUUAACAUAAUCUAUCCAUUUUUCAAAUUAUAUUCUUACGUGAGUGUGGAUUUACUAGAAGUAUUUAGUAGAAAAUCUGUUAAUAAUAGAAUUCAUUUGAUAUUAUAACUAAAUCAAUUUAAAUAAUAUGUGUUUUUGAUAGCUUCAGUCUUAAUGCUAACUUUCUUUAAGAUUGAACAUUCCUCAGAUAGUGAACAAAAGGAUAUUAUUUAUACUAUUCUAAAUACAAUACAAAUCAUUUUGACUUUAGCUAAUCUAAAAAAAUAAUUUACCUAAAAAUCGAUAAUUUAUAUUUCUUCUUUAUAGUAGCUGAAAUUAUAUAAGAUGAAUUAUAAUAAUAAUAAACUUUAAGAUACUAAAAUUAUUGUAUUAAACAGUUAAUUACCUGAUUUGAUUAUAUUUAAAUGUCUUUUUAGAAAAUUCUAAGGAUGUUAAAUUAUCAGCACAAAUAAUAAAUUCAGAAGAAAAAACUUAGAUUAAUUUUAAUUUUAAAAAGUUUAAAUAAUUCUUGACUUGGAUUUAAAAACAUAAAAUAAAUUAACUUAAAUAAUUUAAAAAAGAAAUGAGUACAAGUAAUAAUACUAAAAUUUUGAUUAGCAAUACAAAAAUUUAGAUUAAUAAAGACAAAAUUUAUUAUAGUAGGAAUUAACAAAGAUGUAAAAAAUGAUUUUAGAAGAAUAAAUUUUAAAAUAAAUGCUUGAUAUAAGGAAAUAAAUUGAUUUGUAAUAAAAAGAAUUAAUUUAAAAAACUCAGAGAUAAUUGAAUGGAAUUGUUUUCUCUGAUUAUGAAUAAGUCAUUUAAGCAGCAAAUAAAAAAGUAUUAAAAUAAAUAAUUUCAGUUAAAUUUUCCAUUUUAGAUUUUUUAACAUUUUUAAAUUUGUCUUCUAUUUUAACGAACUAAAAUUUAAUGGUAAAGAUUACUGAAAAAAAAAUUGUAAAUGCUAAAUUCGAACGUUUUUUAGUAUUAACUCAUUUAAAUGAACAAUUUUGUAAGCUUUAUUAUAAUGUUAUAAUGAUAUAAAAUAUUGUAUUUAAUCAGAACCUAAUUUAACAUUUAUAAUUAAAUCCAAAGCUUGUAUUCUCUGACUUGUUUUAUGACUGA